AUGCUGAAGCCGUCCUUUAAAAAAAGCACGGCACAUAACCCAUUGACGUUGAAGUCAUAUGUAAAAGAGGGACUACACUAACACAAUAUGUUUGCGACAAGUGAUUCUUUAAAUAACCUUUUGUGAUACAUCUAAUAGUUAAAUUUUAAAUCACCAUUCCAGUUAUACUAUAAUUAGGGCUGUGUUAAGGGCUAUGCUACCUGAGCAGUGAUGCAGUUUGCAUUGUUAAUAGCUGCCCUAUAUGCCUACCUGGUUGCUAAGGUGUGAUGUGUCACUUAGUAAUGAAUAAACAGACAGAAUAGAGCAGUGGCCUGCAGAGUGUAAAGCCGGAUGUACUGACUAUUAAGACUUAACAUUUGAAUUACCAUGCUAAACAAAGUGAAGGGUUUUUGUUCCACUCAGGCAGCAGUAAUGAACUCUAAUCCCUACGCCAUCCAGGUGGUCGGUUCGAAGCGGAGCGAGUUGAAAUAUGGGAUAUGGCAUACAGAGGAUUUGUUGGAUCACCUGGUUACAGAGGGGGUGGUCACCCAAGCUAAGAGAUCUGUGGUUCUGAACAUCAGGACCCGAGAGGAGCAGAACUCCAUGGUCCUGGAUAUCAUGUUGGCCAGGGGUGAAAGGGCAUGUCGGAAAUUCUUCCAUCCAUGCCUCAUGCAGGCUGAACCAAAGCUUUACAAUCAAAUCAAGGCCUACUUGGGUUCAGCCAAUGAGAAGAUUGGAGAUCCUAGAAGGCAGUUGAUUGGAUACCUACUGGAACGGGACAAGGAAGGAUUGGGUAGGAAACCUCAGGAACAUUACACUCAGAAGAUACAACGUUUAUCCGCAAGGCCCGAUUCAUUCUCAGCGUUCCAAAAUCAAGCCAGGGGGGCCCGCGUGUCGCCUGAAAAAAUAGGAAGACAUGAACUGAAAGAACACCUGCAAGUUAACAUAUAUGACAUCAUCGCCGCAGGAGGGGAGCCGUCCGUAGUGGAAAAGAUGUUGAACCACGUGGACGUGAAUGCUGUCAACUCUCUCCAGGAGUCCCUACUGCAUGUAGCUGCCGAACACGGCCAUCUAUCCCUCCUGGGGCUCCUCCUACGCAGAGGGGCCAGACUGGAACUGAGAGAUCAGGAGGGCCGAACGCCCCUUCACAGAGCGGCAAACAGGGACCACGGCGAGGUGGUACGGGCCCUCAUGAAAGCCGGCGCCUGUCUGUACACCUUGGACGCACAGCGGAAGAAUCCCGUCCACCUGACGGCAACAAACGAGGACUUGGAUUGCGCCCGAGCCCUUUUGAUGGAGGAGAGGGGCAGAGGGGUUGAGGACCAGACGGAGCCCACCUUCCUCCACAGAGCGGCCCAGGAGGAGGACCAGAGCCUGGCCCAGAAGCUGCUGCAGGCAGGGGCUGCCGUGGAUGUCCGAACCAGGCAGGAUAAAACAGCGCUGUUCUAUGCCGUGAGUGGGAACAAUGAAAGGACCGCAGGAGUCCUCCUUGAAGCGGGGGCUGCAGUGGACCAAGUGGUCCUAAAUGAAGCUGUGAACCUCAACAAUGGCUCCAUGCUCCGGCUACUGCUAGCUCACUCCAGAGGAGCCCUCAGUCCAGAAGCUAUGGGCUCCACUCUCUUCUCAGCAGUCAAACAGAACUGUCAUGCGGUGGUGGAUAUUCUAAUCGACGGUGGUGCUGAUGUCAACAUGUGUGACCAACAGGGAUACACUCCCCUCCUAUUGGCUGCUGAACUGGGCCACACAGACACAUUCAGAGUUCUGGCAGGUAAAAACGCCAAACUGGAUGUCAGUCUACCAAACUUGGCGACAGCCUUACACCUGGCAGUGCGUAGUGGCAGUGAGCUAUUGGUACAGGCUCUGUUGGCGAAGGGAUUGGAUCCUAACGCAACUGGGCCUAAGGCAUACACACCUCUACAUCUGGCAGCACUCCACAGCCACCCAGCGCUGGUUGAGAUGUUGUUAAAAGCUGAAGCCCAGGCAAAUGCUGUGGCCCAAGAUGGAAGCACCCCUCUACAUCUAGCCAGCCGGCGUGGCCAUGCGGACACACUGAACCGCCUGCUUCAGGUCAAGGUUCACACCGAGAUCCGGGACCGGCAGGGCAGGACCGCACUGCACUGGGCGGCCUCGACCCAGACAGAAGGCCCAGCAGUGGACAUGCUGCUGUCAGCCGGAGCCAACCCUGAUGCCGCCGACAAGCAGAAGAAAACGCCAUUGCACCUGGCGGCCGCGGCGGGGCAAACAGAAGCUGUGGCGGCGUUGUUCACACACAAGGCGAGGGUUGGGGCUAAAGACAUGCAUGGCUCCACCCCUCUUCACUACGCGGCAGGCCGGGGGCACGACGAGGCGGUGAAGCUCCUCCUUUCGGCGCAGAAGAAACAUGGAGUAGACCAGAGGAACACGUGGAGGAAGACGCCGCUCCACACCGCCGCCGAGAAGGGCCACACCGAGGCAGUUGCCUCACUCUUGAGGGCGGGGGCAAAGGUCAACACGCUUGACAACUGUAAAGACACUCCCCUCCACUGUGCCGUCCGGGCGGGCAGCAGGGACGCAGUGAGGGAGCUGGUGAGCUGGGAACCAGGGAAGGGUAGGCAGGGGGGCAAGGCUGACCUGCAGGCUGUUAAUAACGUGGGGAAGACUCCACUGCAGGUGGCAGAGAGCGAAGACACACAGGAACACAGGGAUAUUGUAGCUAUAAUCAAGAGAAAGAUGGUUCUUAUUAAAUAGACGACAGCCAAGAGACAAACGUCAAGUGAGACUGCUUCUUGCUGAAGGCCUCACCUUCAGCCAUUUAAUUCUUGGUGGCAAUGUGGGGAGCAAAACAAAAUAAAGAAAAAGCUCAAGAGAAUAGUUAUUCACGUUCAAGAUAUUCUGUUUGUGUGUUUAUGUGACCUUAAUUUCAGCCUUGGGGCUGUUGAUAUAUAACGGGAGCUUUGU